AUGGCAUCAGCUUUUUCGAAGCUAGUUACGUGGCUUCGAGGUAAAUCUAAAGAAGAUGGACCAUCAGGCGGUGAUCAACUGAAAGACGACAUCAAAACAAAUAAUUUCAAAACAGAUACUCCCAUUAAAGUGGAAUCUAGGGAAACGAGGAGUCCUUCUGUUUUACAAUUGACAGGAUAUGAGGAGUUGGAACGAGAGUUAAACGCCACACCUAGUAUUCUGAUCUCUACUCCUGGAAGUCACCAAGCAUUUACGCGGUUAAAAGAGCUUGUGGCUAAAGGGGCCAAGGAAGAAAAAGAUGAGCAGUUGGCUGAAACUAAGCAAGAGCCGAAACAUGAGAAUGGAAAUUCUGAUUUCAAAGUGUCGUUGUUUGAACAUUUGUCAAAAGUCAAUAAUUCUGGCAAGAAGAUUUGCAGGCCCGAAGAUGAUGAAAAGAAAACAGCUAAUAAUGAGCAAGACUUUAGGGAAUCUCCCUUAUCAAUUUCAGCGCGAGCCCCAGAAAGGGUGGAAAAGCUUCCUACUUCAGUCCAAAGAGGCAGUCGUAUCGAACGGGAUGGAAAAAAACCACCGAGGAAGAAAUCAAAUAGAGUCCACACGACAAAAAAUACUAUCCGAAUGUGGCCAUCGUCAGAUGAAGAAGAUAACAGUGUUCCUGAUGAAGAACCUAUGAGACUGGAUAGCACCCCUCAGGUGAAUUUCACGUCUCUCAUGAAUACUGAUACUUCUGAGCAUGAUAUUCCACUCAGAGUUACUCCUCAGAUGCUUUCGAGAUUUUUGUCCAAGGUGAAUAGCUUAGACAACUCUUUUGAUGAUGGGCUGCAAAUAGUCACUACUCCCAGGGAGCAAGCUACUGUGCAAGUAAGAGCUCGCUUCACGUCAUCUCCUAUUAAGCAAACAUCUGAAAAAGCUGAAGCUGAACGGCCGCCAACUGAGCAAGUCUCCACUCAAUCAACAUCGAAUGAGCAAUCACCAUCUAAGAGAACAAUAUUUGAGCAAUCACCUUCUAAGCGGACACAUUCAAAUCAAACUGUUCACCGACAAAUAACCUUUUCGCAAGCCACUUUAGAAGAGGUGACACCAAAGAAAGCUCGUGGAGGGAAAAGUGCUAUUAAAAUCGAUGGGAGAAGAAAUGUGCGUAUUGCCCCAAAACCAUCUACAUCCAAUCAAAGGAUUCCUAAGGUAUACAAUCCACAUGAAAGUGUUAAGCAGUCUGUAGCCGUGCAGACUUCUGAUGAACAGCCUAUGACGUUGCCAAGUGUUCCUGGAAAAACCACGGCCACUUCAAGUAUUGAUAAUACGCCUUUCCAAAACCUUUUUACGAGAGUUGCAUCUGCUGAAGCCAAUAAAAGGAAUACUACGCCGUUACAGAGUGUCCAAAAGCAAGUGACGCCCACUCAGGCCAACGAGGGGGAUACUACGCCUUUGCAAAGUUUCCCCAGGCAAGCCACACCUACUCAAAGCUCUGACGCUACUCCUUUCGAGAGCAUUUUCACUCGCAUUGCAGCUCAAGGCAACGGAAAGAACGCUUCCCCUUCUCGAACUGCUACAAAUUUUCAAAGUAACCAUGGACGUGCUAUUUCAACUCAGGAUAUCUUCAAGGUUACAUCUUUGCAAAGUCCUCCUCUUGGAAAGGAUAAUACUGUGACGGAUAACACUGAGCAUCCUAGACCUAUAUCGAGCCAGGAAGUUUACAAGGUUUUGCAUCCGCAAAUACCCAUGCGGAAUGAUUCUGAAAAAAAAACGUCUAAGAAUGCUACCCCGUUGCAAAGAAGUGCUCCCGAACCUACAUCUUUGAAAGCUUCCUCUAAGCAGCGAGCUAAACCUAAGCAGAAGAGGUCGAGAAGAGCCACCCCUGCUCAAGCAAUGAACCUGCAACAUACUACUGAAGGUGACAUUAACCAAGUGGUUCCCGCAGAGUCGAGUCCCAGGACUUUAAAUACCCCGAGGAACAAAGCUUCUCAACCCCCUCCUGUGGAAGACGUUGUCGGUCAAACUCAUAAUACAUCUACAAAGUCUGCUUCUAAGGAUGACUAUCCUAAGGAGACUAGGACGACUGAAAGGAGCUCUCUUGCAGUAGCUGCUAGUGGAAUGCUUGCGCUUGAUCGAGACACAUCUCUGCAAGUUGCUUCUCCGCGUGGAAAGGUCUCUCUUGAACAAGACGCUUCUCUUCAAAACGCCCCCCAAGUGACUCCUCAAGCUGCUUUUCAAGUUGCUCCUCCAAAUGGAAAAAUUUCCCUUGGUCAAGAAGCCUCUCUGCCAGGUGGUACCGGAGCUACUCGUCGAGUCUCUAGUUCUAGAGUUACUCCUCGAGUGUCUACUUCUAGAGUUACUCCUCGGGUGUCUACUUCCAGAGCUGCUUCUCAGGUGUCUACUCCUCAAGCUGCUCCUCGAGUAUCUCCUCCACAAGUUGCUCCCCAAGCGUCUACUUCUAGAGCUGCUCCCCAGGUGUCUACUCCUCAAGCUGCUCCUCGAGUAUCUCCUCCACAAGUUGCUCCCCAAGCGUCUACUUCUAGAGCUGCUCCCCAGGUGUCUACUCCUCAAGCUGCUCCUCGAGUAUCUCCUCCACAAGUUGCUCCCCAAGCGUCUACUUCUAGAGCUGCUCCCCAAGCGUCUACUCCUAGAGCUGCUCCCCAAGCGUCUACUCCUCAAGCUGCUCCUCGAGAGUCUACUUCUAGGGCUACUCCUCGGGUGUCUACUUCUAGAGCUGCUCCUCCAGUGUCUGCUCCUCAGGUGUCUACUCCUCAAGUUGCUCCCCAAGCGUCUACUUCUAGAGCUGCUCCCCAGGUGUCUACUCCUCAAGUUGCUCCCCAGCGUCUACUUCUAGAGCUGCUCCCCAGGUGUCUACUCCUCAAGCUGCUCCCCAGGUGUCUACUCCUCAAGCUGCUCCUCGAGUAUCUCCUCCACAAGUUGCUCCCCAAGCGUCUACUCCUCAAGCUGCUCCUCGAGUAUCUCCUCCACAAGUUGCUCCCCAAGCGUCUACUUCUAGAGCUGCUCCCCAAGCGUCUACUCCUCAAGCUGCUCCUCGAGAGUCUACUUCUAGGGCUACUCCUCGGGUGUCUACUUCUAGAGCUGCUCCUCCAGUGUCUGCUCCCCAGGUGUCUACUCCUCAAGCUGCUCCUCGGGUGUCUACUCCACAAGUUGCUCCCCAAGCGUCUACUUCUAGAGCUGCUCCUCAGGUGUCUACUCCUCAAGGAGCUCCUCGAGUAUCUCCCCCACAAGCUGUUCCGCCAGAGUCAACUUCUGAAGCUGCUUCUCGGGUAUCUCCUCCAAAAGAUGCCCCUCGAGUAUCUCCUCCACGAGCUGCUCCUCAAGUGUCUACUCCCAAACAAAAUAAGAAGACAUCUCAGAAGAAGGCAUCUGAGUCGACUGUCAAGGCACCUCCAAAAAGACGUGGAAGACCCCCGAAGAAACUUGCGAUAG